UGGCGAGGCAAUCGUGGAGGCAAGGGACGGGUUCGGUGGCGCACGGGAGGAGGACCGCGCUUCCAGCCGAGUUACCCCGGCCGAGUGAGGGGCUACGGGGCCAAGCCCUGGGCCAGUGGAGGCGUCGUCACCGCUCGUGGCAGGCAAGCCGAGGCGCGCGGGCGGACACGUGUGGACGUCUGAGCGCUCCUGGACCAGGACGAGUGCACGCCGGGCCUCGUCCUCUGCGGAUUCCGCGGCAAGGUUCCUUAACGACUGCAGCUUGAAGUUCCCGUGGUUGCCGGGAGGCUGGGCUUCGGAGGAAGCUAUCAAGAAACAAUGUUUCCUUAAAUUUGCUUCUGUAUUUGCCUCAUCAAUGUCAUUCAUAUUGAGUAUCUUAAGAGAGAUGCUGGAAUAUUUUGGUGUUCCUGUAAACCAGGUUUUGCAGAUUUGGGAAAAUAAAGACUAUGGAUCAGCUCGGAGUAUUGUUCGUAUUAUUGGGAAAAUUCUUCCUUUAAAACCUUGUCCCAGGCCUAAUUUUGAGGUGAUCCCACUCUUGAACUCUGUUGACCCAGCUAACUGUGGAUCUGUAGUUCCAUCUUUUGCUGACGUUUUGUAUGUGACGAAUGAUGAAGAAGCCAGUUAUCUCAGAUUUCGAAAUAGUAUAUGGAAAAAUGAAGAAGAGGAGAAAAUUGCUUCUUUCCAUCCUUUGCAACUAGUUGAAGAUCCACUGACACCUGCUCUAAGGCAUAACAAACCAACAAAAAGUGAUUGGGCUGAAAGUGAAGCUGCAAUUAAAAAAAUAGCUGCCCUUGAAGAUGAGCUAGCUUUUCUUCGCUCUCAGAUUGCUGCAAUUGUGGGAAGGCAAGAACUGAGAAACAGUACAAAUUCUGGCUCCUUGGACUUGGAGAACGACAGGCCUAGUGGUUUGGGACAAAUGCCAUCAUCAGGGACUACUCAACUGAGUGUUGAACCUGAUUCGUUUUCAAGUUCAGUGUUUCCCUCUCCUCCUCCUCCACCACCACCUCCUCAGGUUUCUUCUCUACAGCCUCCAUGUUCUCCUCUCGUGCAAACAGCAUCUAAUAAUAUUUGUGCAUCAGAUAAUUCAGCAACUGAAGUGAAAAAGCAGCACCCAGAUACUAGGAAAACCAAUUUUAGUCAUGAUUCAAAAAACCAGAAAAAUAAAGAUGUUCCAAACAUGUUGGAUGUUCUGAAGGAUGUGAAUAAGGUUAAGCUACGUGCUAUUGAAAGGUCCCCUGGAGGCAGACCCAUUCAUAAAAGGAAAAGACAAGACUCACCUUGGGAUCCAGUGUCUUUAAUAUCCCAUGCACUUAAGCAGAAAUUUGCAUUCCAAGAAGAAGAUUCCUUUGAGAAAGAAAAUAAUUCUUGGGAGUCUUCUCCAUUUUCUAGUCCAGAAACUUCAAGGUGUUACUCAGGUUCUGUCUUUCUUGCUGCAUGGGUCCAAACUGUGCAUCCAUCCGUCUCUCCAUCCAUCUAUCCAUCCACUUACUCAUCCAGCAAACGUCCCACCACCCAACGAAUAUUCACUAAACAUGAGGACUGUGCCAGAUGCUGAGGAUACAGCAGCGGACGAGAGGGAGGUGGCUCUGCUCCUACAGACUCACUGGCUUUCACAGCAGCUCAAAGACCAAUAUCAGCAAAAGGCAGACUGGAAAAAAGAAGAUGCUUAUCAGAAAUGCUCAUGGAGAUCUGAACAUAGGAUGAGAUGAUAUUGCUUUAAUAUCCAUUUAAAUCCCAGCACUGUUUUGGAAUCCCACAGUAGGUACAACAUCCCUCUACUUUCAGAAGCAGCAGCUCAGCAAUUUCACAUCAUUCCAAUGAGAAUGUGUUCUAGUGUCACAAACUCUUCAUACCUGUAGUUUUAUUAGUAAGAAUAAUCUUCCCUGUAAAGUUGAGAGAGUAAGCACCCACCUUUGCGGCAACGAAACCUACCAGAAUUUAUUUUGAACAAAAUAAAACUCUUCAAACCCCUACUGCAAAACCUUUAUUUCCCCUUUUAUCUGAAUAAUCAAGUAUUAUCCACCCUAAGAACAAAACAAUCUCUUUGUUCUAGAAUAACAACACAUCUGCCAUUUAAUAAACCACCAACACAGGUUUUCAAAUUAAACCGAGAGUCUCUUUGUCAAAGAGAAUCUGGCAAAACAGAUUUGCUAUCAUACAAAGCAGCUUUAAACUGUUGUUGUUUUUUUCUCCUAUUUAUUGGACACUUUCUUUGAUUAAAAUACUUAGAAUGAUGUUGAUAAACUGAGUCUGGUGUACAACAGGACUCAGAGUUAAUUAUACCUUUUAAACCAGCGGAGGCAGGAAGAAAACAACAGGAACAUAGUCUGUGUUUUCAUUUUAAAUUGCUCACGAAACCGGGAAGCAAGACUCCAGAAGAUAAUGAAGUCACUGAGUUCUUCCCUAACAAGCCCAGUGGUGUCCUUGGUAAUGCUGCAAGGGCCCCAGCCCAGGAGGUCUCAGAGGAACAGAAGCUCCUUGAGUCCUAAACAAGACCUCCGCCCUUGAAGAAACUAUAGCACUGCCAUGUUUACUGCCUGUUGGAAGAUGUCUUUCUCUUGUUUGAUCUGCAUCUGCCGAAGACACUGCCCUCACAAGGAGCCCAAACAUUGAUUGCUGUCCACGGGGCAGGCCUGUGUUCAGAUCAGGGCCAUGGAUGUGCCACAUGCCAGCUACCUCACUAUGAACAGUGGAAACUUUGGGAAACAGAAAAUCAAAUUUGAACCUCCUUUUUACAAUUUUCACUCCACUUGCCAAAAACACCUUUCAUGAGGCAGAAAUCAUGAGGUUACAUAUAAUCUUUGCAAUUGCGUGUUUGAGUAGAGGUCAUAGGACCAUAUGGAAGGAACAUGUCUCCUGGCUCUAACUUCAUAUUUAUGGUGCAGAGUCAUUAAGAAUAAAAAGUGGUUAAAAAUGCUGGCCUCUUCUAAGUGCUUGUGAUAAGUGACCAAGAAAAAUGAUUAUAAACUUCUGCAAGACAAAUAGAGAAUGUAAUAAAUACAAUGUUUCAUGGAACAACUAAUUAUUAAUUAUUUUAUUCAUUAGGUUGUUCUGUCACUAGUUAAUAUGCAGUUGGGCCCUAUCAAAAGGAAUUAACUUUUUUAUAUGGUUUAUUACAAGAUAUUGAAUAUAGCUCCCUGUGCUAUACAGUAGGUCCUUGUUGUUUAUCUGUUUUAUAUACAGUAGUGUGUAUCUGCUAAUCCCAAACUCCUAAUUUAUCUGUUCCCCCCGGUUCCUCUUUGGUAACCAUAAGUUUGUUUUCUAUGUCUGUGAGUCUGUUUCUGUUUUGUAAAUAAGUUCAUUUGUAUCAUAUUCUAGAUUUUAAAUUGAACCGAAAGCAAUUCCUUUUGCAAUUGUAAUAAGCAAUAUCAUGUCUGAUUUAACACUUACUUUGCAGAACUGCUACACCCACAUGUUGGAGGAUUGGAGGGUGGAGGGACAGAAAAUAGAUUCUCAGCUGUAUCUCUCACAUGCUGUUAGGUACCCUCUUAGUCCACCACGGACACCUGGACUGCUUCCAGUCUGAUGAGAGUGAUGCCAGGUGGAAAUGCCUUUAUGGUCUUCAUGUUGAACUUGGGUUGCCAGUUCAGCUAGUGAGUCUGGCCCAGACAGGACAAUGGGAGAGAGCCCUUUAACUUGGCCUUCACUCCAGCUGCCCUGGCCCUCUCUUUAUCUCAGGGCAGAAGCACAGGCUGGGUCUUAUGCAAUUAUCUUCUUAUUUAUUAGAACUAAAAGAGCACAGCCAACAAAAGGAGGGAGAGGAAGCCCUCUUCCAUUUUAUCUCAUUUAUAGUAAGUCUGGAUUGUACAAAGUCACGCACAGGGUGUUCUCAAAGCCCCAUAAUUCCUGGCACAUCUUCUUGGCUAUUCUCGUUGACCAAAUGUGUGUGCAUGUGCAUGUACAGUUUUUGUAUAUAUAUAUAUAUAUAUAUA